AUGUGGCUGCCGCAGCAUCCUACAUUAUAUCUGAAGUACGAGAAGGAUCUCUCGGAUGAUUGCGUGUUCGAGGAAUAUAUAGAGGAAAACAACUACAACACAUACUCGCGGAUACGCAACGGGAAGAAGACUUUCUUGGCUCUGGACAACAAAGGAAGAGCGAGGCGCACGCAGAUACCCCUCAAUCGGCCGCUGGGGAAUCUGUCACCGUACGCCCUCACGCUCACCAGGCGUUGGGACGGGCCCAAGCAGUCACACUGCCCGCCGCGGAGACACCGCGGCAAGCUGAAAAGGGCUCCACCACGCCACAGGAACUGCCACAUGCGGCUACAGAAACAGAACCUGCGGCACAAACGGAAGCACAAGAAGGCUAAUAAUCCGAAAAAAAAGCAGCGGCGUCCGAAAACGAGGAGAAAAUACGAGAACGGAACGACGACCACGACCGAGGUGACGUGGGACGAGUCGACGAUGUCGACUAUGUCCACGACGACAGACGUCGAGUUUUUUCGGUCGGCGACCGCGCAGGAGGCGGUCGGUCGCGCGUGA